AUGGAGAUUGGAAAAGAUAAGAUUAAAGUGUCACACCUUCAAUAUGCCGACGAUACAAUCUUCCUUUUAGAAGACUCCGAUGGUAACAUUGAAGCGGUGAAAUGGCUCUUGAAGCUCUUCCACUUUUUAUCUGGGCUCACUGUGAAUUUCAAGAAAUGCAGCUUAAUCGGCAUAAUGGUUGACGGUGACAAGCUUACUCGCAUGGCCGCUGAACUGAACUGCAAAGUUGACUGCUGCCCUUUUUCAUACUUAGGUCAGAUCAUUGGUGGUGGAAACAAUAAGGUCGCAGAUUGGCAGUUCUUAGAGGAAAAGAUCAAGAGAAGAAUUGAAAGCUGGAAGAAUCAAAAACUUGCGUUGGAGGGGCGUAUCACUUUGGUUAAAGCGGUGUUGCAGGCUAUUCCGGUUUUCCAUCUCUCCUUUGCUUUGAUUCCCAAAACCACAGUCCAUUCUAUCAACUCUUUGUGUGGGGGUGGGAAUUUGUGGGCAAAAAUUAUUAGAUCUGUUUAUGGGGAUGUGGUGUGGGGUUCAGAGGGGCUGGAAAUUAGAGGGAAUCAGAGGUCUAAAAGUAGCUGGUGGGGAAAAAUCGUCGAGGGAGGAAGAGGGGUGACAACGAAGUGGUUUGAGAAUAAUCUUGUGAAAAGUAUUGGAAAUGGGAGAGAAACGUUGUUUUGGGAGCAUAGGUGGGUGGGAAAUCAACCGUUAAAAAUUAGGUUUCCAAGACUUUAUUUUAUUAGUUCACAGAAAGGAAACUCCAUCAGUGACAUGGGUAGUUGGGAAGAUGAUGUCUGGGCGUGGAAUCUGAAGUGGAAUAGAGAGCUUUUCCAGAGAGAAAGUGGGCGGGUAAACGAACUGAUAUCUGUCAUCUCCUCCAUUUCUCCACAUGCAGGGAGGAUUUUGGAGGCUAAUGCAAUGAGGUCGGCGAAAGCAUGGAAAAUUAGUGCUCCUCAAAAAGCAAAAGUGACGAUGUGGAGAAGCUUCAGAAACCGGUUACCUACGUGCGACAACUUGAAAAAGAGGAGAAUCCCACUUGAAGAGGCUGAGUCCAUGUGUAAUGCUUGCUGCUACCGGGAAGAAACAGUCCAGCACUUGUUUUUGCUUUGCCCGAAGACAGAAAUGAUUUGGAAUGGAAUUCAAAAAUGGUUGGGAGUCCAUUCUGUUCGGCCUAACAACAUUGAAGCACAUUUCGACUCUUUCACUAACCUUGGAAAGGGAAAGCAAAGCAGAAAAUUCUUGGAAGCAUUAUGGGUGUGUAUCAUUUGGCUCGUCUGGAAAAGUCGAAAUGAAAGCAGAUUUGGAGGUAAGAACUGGGAAGUCACCAAGAUGAUGGGAGAAAUUAAAGCAAGGAUAUGGAGUUGGAACAAGAGUUUUGGUUUGGCUGAUUUGGGAACCGAUUUUGUUUCAUGGUUCUCUGAUUUUUCUCACUUUCUUGUUUAA